CAGCCGUCGCCUCGGAAGGCACCUCCGCCCUCCUCGGCGGGCUGCUCCACGGCGGGACCGGCCAGGGGAUGACGCGGACCAGCACGACCCACCGCCGACCGAUGUGACCGAUGAGGCUCAAUUUAGGCCUCCACCACUCCGCGUUAGCUCCCAGAGGAUGCACAAGCUAGCCAAGGGCCUGAAGAAGAAGAAAAAGCAGAAGAAGGGCAAGAAGGGGGCGGAGGAGGACGAGUUCGACCCGGAGGAGCUCGAGAGGUACCGCAGGGAGCGGGCGGAAGCCCAGCAGAAAGCGGGGGAGUCAGGGGAAGCAGGGGGUGCAGGCUCCGACGAGUGGCGGAAGUUCGAGGCCCUGACCGCGGGGGUAGAUUCGAUCUUGAAGAAGACCCAGGGCGACCUAGACCGCAUCAAGUCGACCUCCUUCUUCCAGCGCAAGGCGCCGCUCGAGGAGGCGAAGAAGCCGCAAGAGGAGACCGAGGCGGAGAAGGAGAGCAAGAAGAGGUGGGUGGGCUUCGACAAGGAGGGCAACCCCGUCGAGGAGGAGCCAGGAAAGGGGGCCGAUGAGAAGAAGGAGGACGGAAGAGAAGGCAAGGGGGUAGAGGCCGGCUUCGUCGAGGUCCCGUCCGAGGAUGAGGAGCAGGAUGACUCGGCCGAUGAGGACGUCUUCGACACCGCAUACGUCGAGGUCCUGCAGAGCAUCGACGUCCAACUAGCCUACGUUCCCGAUAGUCCCACUCAGGAGGAGGCAGGGGACGACCCCUUCGACACGACCAGCGCCGACAAGGUGCUGAAGACCGUCGACAAGAAGGGGAACAAAUUGGUAAGUCUCGGGAAUGCCGUCGAGGUGCUCUCGGGACGCAUCGACCACGUGAGCACCUGCAAGUUAGGAGCCUCCAGGAGGCCGAGGACCCAGGACCUCUUGUUGGGCGACUUCGAGGAGAACGGCCAGGCGGAGUUGGGAGCGACGAUCCCGGAUGAGGUCCCGGAGGUUGAGAAGACCCUGCUGGACGACGACUCGGAUCUGCCGGACGUGCCGGUCGAUCUGACCAAGCUACCGCCCAUCCUCGACCUUCCGAAGCCGGUACAGGAGGGCCAGGACGCGAAGAAGGAGAUUUCCCUGGACCUCGCCGAGUUCGACGAGCUGAGAACGAAGGAGAGCGCGCAGGAGGAGGACGAGCUCUUCGACCUAGACACCGAUCUCGAGAUCGCCUUGAACGAGGUCGUGCCUUUGAGGGAAGAGGAGGAUCCGUUCGCCGAGAAGGACGCGCAGGCCGAGUUCCAGACGGAGAUCAUCGAGGCGGUCUUCGAGGCUGCCACGUUCGCCGAUGAGGAGGAUCCCUUCGACACGACUAUCGCGGAUAAUCUUCUGCCAGGGAAGACGGAGCUGAAGUUCAUCGAGAAGGAGUUGGAGGAACUGCCGGUCUCGGAGGUGUCCAUCUCCCUGACGGACCCUGCCGGACUCAACAGGGACUACGAGACGGGGUUGCUGAAGUUGCAGCACAACGGAGACCUAGGAGCCGGGUUUUUAGGUUCGGGGCUGCAGGCCAAGAAGGAUCUUCUAGGAGGCUCCACGACCGAUCUGACCCAACUCGCCGACGAGCCCAUCAAGCCGAUAGAAGAAGAGAUCUCUUACGUGGACCCCUUCGACACUUCCAACAUCAAGGAGCCACCGCCGGGCAGAGGGGAAUUAAAGUUCCUGGAAAAGGAGAUCUUAGGCGAGGCUCCGUCGAAGAUCGACCUCGACGACGACGACGACGACGACGACUUCGACCCACGCAAGGAAGAAAUAUAUUCGACGAGACCCGCUCCUCCAAGGCCAGCACCUCCUUUCCAAGUGAAUUUCGACGAGACCGAGGAAGAGGAAGAUCCCGGAGCCAGGCGUCAAGAUCGAAAGCUGUCGAGACCGGAGGCUCUGGAGAUAGCUCCUACCAAGGUUGUCGCCUUCGAGCUUCCGACCCCUUCUCAGCGUCCGGAUUUGCUGGCAACGUCCGAAGAGGAGAAGGCUAUCCCAUCUAAGCCUCUGACACCGUACUACUCGCAGAAGUCGCUGGAGGAGUGCCUGCCGGAGGAGGACGUCGAAGAGGAACCCGUCGACCCGUUCGACACCAGCUUCGUGGCCAACGUCACUCCAGGGAAAACCGAGCUGAAGUUGAUCGAAUCGGAGCUGCUGGCUCAGCAGGAAGUCCGUCUGCCGCACAGCGUGAGCGACCAGGACCUGGAAGCGAGGUCCCAGGAGGUGGAUUUUGGCAGGAGGCGGUCCGACUUCGCGGCAGGCUCCGUGAGACCUAGGGAUUUGAAAUUCGAGCUCGCCAGUUCGCUCGUACGAGCCUCUGCAGUGGUACCGAUCGCCGAGGAGCCCGUCAAGGAGGUCUUCAGGCAGGAGAGCUUGUUGGAUGCGGAGUUCCAGGUAGACGCGAAGCCUCUGACUCCGAAGAUCGAGACCAGGACCAUCGAGGAGGAGGUUCUUUCCUACGCGGAUCCCUUCGACACGUCCAUCGCGACGAACCUGCCUCCCGGAAAGGCGGAGCUGAAGUUACUGGAGAACGAGCUAGGCCAGAUCCCGGAGCAGCCUCCGGCGGCGCCCAUUUCUCUGGUCCAGGCCACCGUGCUGGGAGUUUCCCUGGAAGACGACUUCGACCCCAGGGCCGAAGAGAUCCGCGAGGUCAAGGACUUCCUGACAUCCGAGGAUCAAGACCCGGGCACCAAGGCGCUCACACCGCUGAACAACAGCUCCAAUUUCAUCGAGGACGAGGAGAUCGACCCCUUCGACACCAGCUUCGCCGCCAUCGGGCCUGGGAAAACGGAGCUGAAGCUCCUCGAUAGAAGACUAAUCAUGGAUUCCAAGGGAGGGAACCCGUUCCUGAUGGACGACUACGCUCCUCCAGCAGAGGCGUCGAACCCGUUCCUGCAGGACUACAUCGACACCGCGCCACCCUCUGGAGCCGAGAACCCAUUCCUCAACUUCUCCUCCGAUCAGCCCUACGAGCCACCCAUGGGUGUGGACUCGACCAACCCCUUCGCAUCCUUCGGUCUGGAGACGACCGACUCCACCGCCUUUGUCGACCCCACCGAGUCCACGGGGCAAACGAACAUCUUCGCGGACCCUCGGUCUCCGGAAGCCGCGAACCUCUUCGGGGACCCUGAAGAACCGACGAUGGCGCCAGAGGAGACGCCAGUCGACGUCUUUGCUCAGCCUCUGGAAGCUCCCAGCGAGGCCCAGCCCAAAGAAACAAAGCCCUCCAGGCCUCCGCCACCUCCCAGACCCCAACCUCCACCCCCACCUCCGAAGAACACUAAAGAUCUCAUCCUCUCCGUCACUGGCGCCAUGGAUGCCACCUCCAACCACCUGCUGGACCGUCUCCAAGCCACCAGGACGCCCAGUCCGACCCUGAUGCACUCUCCCUCCCCAACCCCCGAGCACAGUUUCGCCGACCUCCUGGACGUGGACGGCAGCGUGCCCGAUCUGCUCUCGGACGAUUCCAAGGUGGAGACCUCGAAGACUCAGAACAUCCUCGACCUCUUCGACGCCCCCAACACGGAGACCCUGCCGGCCACCUCCGCGGACUCGAUAUUUUCCGCCGCAAAAAUGCCGGAAGCCACCGUCUCGGUCUCCAGCACGGACACUUCCUUCUCGGUGGGGGUGGUACCAUCGGUUGCAAGCUCCCAGGAGUUUCCCUUCACAGGGAUCCAGGAAGAAUCCAUUGCCGUGGCUCCUGGUGCCGGCGAAGUGGACGUCUCCGUCUCCAGUGACCUGGAGAAGAGGCUAUCCAUCGGUUCGGUCGGCUCCACUCUGUCCGCCGUUGGUGCCGACCUCACCUCCGCGACUACCGACGCCUUCUCGUCCAUCUCGAAUGCCGUCGUGGAUUCUGCAGCUGAAAUCUCUUCCGGAGUGGCCGAACCUCACCCUGCUGAUUCCACUUUCUUCUCCAUGGCCGAUACCAAGGCCUCCGAUAUAUUCGGAACUGGAGACGCGGUACCACCUACCUCAGCCUCCGGCAUGCCGUUCGAGGAGCCGGCCCUCUUCUCUUCACCGGAAGUUGGGUCCACUGCCCAGACUCCUUUCUCUCAGCCUAGUGACGCCUUCGCCUCGGAUUUGUUGGGCGACUUUGGAGCCCCUGGGGGAGACGUCACCGCGACUUCUGUCAGUCCAACUUCUGGAGAGGAGUUCCCUGGGGUUCAAGCCUACACGCCCGAAGACCUGGACACUUUCGCUGCCACUACCAAAGCCAUCGAGAGCACCGGCGAUGCCUUCGAUGCCUUUGCGUCCAAGUUCGACAAGGCUGCGGAGCCCGAACAUGCCGGAGAUCCGUUCUUCGAUCCGUUCGGUGGAGGGCAGACGGCGAUGGACACUUCGAGUGAUGUUUGGGGAGACUCGUCGGUUGCUGGCUCGGAGACCGCAACAGGCUUUGGGGAGAGCGAGGGCUUCGACUCCUUCCUCAGCAUGACGGCUCCACCUCAGGAGUCGAAGAUGAGGAGGUCGGAAUCCGCGGACUCCGACGAAGGACCCGACUUUAGCGUCUUCAUCAAGCCGAAAGAAGGAGAUCAGAGCGCGGUCUUAGAAGGUGGUCCCGUACCAGUGUUGGCUCCACCUCCUAGAAGUCCUCAGAACACAGCUUACGUCGAUUCGUCCCCGCGGUUCAAUCCUUUCGACAAGUCCGCAGGAUUCGCCCAGGAAGCUGUCACGCCCAGCGACACGGCUCAGCCAGAGAUGACCAGAGAGGAUUCCCAGGAAGGCCCACCGACUCCGCUCUUCGACGAGGACGUCAGCCAGCCAUUGGAGGACUUCCCUCGAGUCACCUACACGGGAGAUGGUUGGGAGAUGCAGCUGCGCCAACCCAAUAAGAAGAAAAUCACAGGCCAGCGGUUCUGGAAGAAGAUAUUCAUGCGGUUGGUCUACCAAGGCGACAGUCCGGUUCUUCAGCUCUUCAACGGCAAGGACGACAAGGAUCCCUUCCAGGAGCUACCUCUGCAACCUCACUAUUCCGUCUCGGAUAUCGGGGCUCAACAGUACGAUCAAUAUGGCAAGAUCUUUACGGUGAAGGUGCAGUACAUCGUCUACAGAGAGCGACCUGGAGUCCGACCCGGUCAGGUCACCAAGGCCGAGCGUUUGACCAACAAGCUCAGCCAGUUUGCGGCGUACGCCAUUCAGGGUGACUAUCAGGGUGUCAAGGAGUUCGGGAGUGACCUGAAGAAGCUCGGCCUGCCCGUGGAACACGCGCCUCAGAUUUCGCAGCUCUUCAAGCUCGGGUCCCAGUGCUACGAGGACAUGAAGCAGUUCUCCUGUGCCGUGGAAGAGGCUCUCUUCAGGUUGUCCGCUCACAGGGACAGGGCAUUGACUUACAAGAUGGAAGAGGUCCAGAUCACUGUUGUCGAUGAGCUCUAUGUGGAACAGGACGCGGAAGGCCACGUGGACAAGCAGAUUGCCCGCGUGCGGUUGUUCUUCCUGGGUUUCCUUUCAGGAAUGCCGGACGUCGAGUUGGGAAUAAACGAUAUGUGGAGGCAGGGGAAAGAAGUGGUCGGCAGGCACGACAUCAUUCCUGUGGUGACCGAAGAGUGGAUUCGCCUGGAGAACGUGGAAUUCCAUACUUGUGUGCAGCAGGACGAGUACGAGAAGUCCAGGAUCAUCAAGUUCAGACCACCCGAUGCAUGCUACAUCGAAUUGAUGCGGUUUCGCGUGAGACCACCGAAGAACAGAGAAUUGCCUCUUCAGCUUAAAGCCGUAAUGUGCGUCACCGGAAAUAAGGUCGAGCUGAGGGCUGACAUCUUGGUUCCCGGGUUCACGUCCAGGAAACUGGGCCAGAUCCCGUGUGAGGACGUGAUGGUGCGGUUCCCCAUCCCCGAAUGUUGGAUCUACCUCUUCAGGGUGGAGAAGCAUUUCCGCUAUGGAUCCGUGAAGUCGGCCCACAGGAGAACUGGGAAGAUCAAGGGAAUCGAGAGGAUCCUGGGCACCAUGGAGACCAUGGAACAGCAGUUGAUGGAGGUCACUUCCGGCCAGGCGAAGUACGAGCACCAGCAUAGAGCGAUCGUCUGGAGAAUGCCCAGGUUACCCAAGGAAGGACAAGGAGCGUACACGACGCAUCAGCUGGUCUGUCGGAUGGCUUUGACCUCGUACGAUCAAAUUCCGGAAAAACUGGCGGAGUAUUGUUACGUGGAGUUCACGAUGCCAGCAACGCAAGUAUCCCACACGACGGCGAGAAGUGUCAGUUUGCAGAACCAUGACAGUGACAACCCACCGGAGAAAUACGUCCGCAAUUUGUCCCGUCACGAGUACAGGGUAGGCAUCCAACACACUCAGAGCGAGGAACCCGGGGCAUAUGUCACCGCGACGAUCACCAAGAUGAUUCCGGAAACGACCGAAACUCGGGAAGAACCUCCGGAACCCGCUGCGGAUGCCGACUUCGACUCUUCCGAGUGAAGAACCACAGGUUGCAUUUACUUUAUGUCUAGUCUAAACCAACUUCGUAAGUUAAACCGUACGGAUAAUAAUUACCCGUUCAAGGUGUACGCACUUGGAGGCAUUGCGCGAGUGGUCGAGAUAUACAUAUAUAUAUAUACAUAAAUGAAUAUACAAGGGACAUAUAAAUAUAUCGCGUCGCUUACAAGUUUCUAGUCAAGCUUAAAGGUGGAAGCCAUUAUAGCUGAGUGCAAGUGCUGACAGGGAAUGCCUGUAAGCGAGAAAAUAAUUGCCCACACCGGAAGACUUGGAAGUUCGCGUCACCCUGAUUUGUAGGGAGUUCUUUUGAGGAAGACCAGUCAUCCGUGAGAAUUAUUUUCAAGCCUUCCAGUGUGCGGGAACCAGGACACGUGUAAUCGCAAACGAUAAAUCAGGUAGCCAGGUUGAAUGCGGAGUACCUAUAAAUACGAGGGAAUUAAUUUCUAAGGAGAGACAAUACAGCUUUUUCGUUGGGUUUAGAGGUAGUUGUAAGUAGCGACCCGAGGCGAUUGCGCUUUGCUCGCUCGACGGAGUUUCAAGGACUGACAUUGCAGCUUUGCUGGAUUUUUUCGAGGCAGAUCGACCGGCGGUGAGGCCUUUUAUUGGAAUCAGGAAAUGCGCCGUGUUUCCGGGUCCCAUUAAGAACCGCGAUUCUCUUUGAAUUUAAAUUCUAUCUCCCUGAACCCCCAAGUUAGUCGCGGAGGGGAACUCCCAGAGAACUCGUCAUGAGUCCCGAGACCUUAUUUAAGUCAGGCGAACUAACUCUAGAGGGCUUAAUGUAGAGCUAGUCGUUUUCUAAGCCAUUGAUCGUACGUCGUAAGGCAAGAUCGCAUUAUAAUUUGAGUGGUCUAGAGAUCGCAAUUGCAUUCCGAUAAAUCGUCCUAGAUAGCACCAUGCAGGUGAAAUAACAAAGCGAUCGUAUCCUAUUGUUUUCCGUCAGCAGAUGAUCUACGGCAGUGUUAUCUAGUCACUUUAGGUGAUAAGUCGCAUAUAUUUAUUCGGCGUGUCUAGGAACUAAGUAGCGAGGUAUCGACAAUUCUGGGGGAGAGAAAUAUAAUUGUGUGCAUAAUAUUGACUCGCGGCAGGAUUAACAUUAACGUUAAACUUUUAAGCGUAGUUUCGCGUUAAGCCUAAGGCGUCGAUUGAGUAACGCGAGGCCACCGAUCAUAAUCUAAGCUUCAGUUUUCGUCCAUUUUGAAUUUUCUUUUACCUUCGGUGAUUUCUAACGUCCAUGUGGAACGUACAAGAGACACACAGCUAAACCAAAUAUUAAGAUUAACCCUCGGAUUCGAGAGAAAUAAUUAUACGGGGGCUCGUACGUACCUCGUAUAGGAAAGAUUAUGAUAAAAUACUAUUAUAGGUGUACUGUCGUAAAUAAUACUAACGUACAUAUAAGCAUGAAAAUAACACGAAUAUAUAUAUGUACACAUGCAUGUAUGUAAUAACUGUAAAAUGUCAUGACAUCGCAUGUAGUAACUUUCAUCGAUCUAGGAUUACACGAAUCGAGUGAUUAGGCUAAGCGACUUUUAGCCGUAAGUUUCAGUUUCUGUGGUUUUUUGUUGACCCGUUCUCGUCCUUAAUAAGGAUCCAAAGAGUACACUCUAGUCCCUAGUUCAUAAGGAAACGAACAACGUAACGUUAAGGUUGAGGGUGUUGUAUCUGUACAGUUAUGACUAUUGUUGUUAUUAGCGUUAUUAAUAUCAUUAACGUCACUAACAUUAUUAUUGCGAACGUAAUUCAUGACGAGUUCUAUGUCCGGAGAUUGUUUCGAAGCGUGGACUUUAAUAGACGGCGUAAAAAAUUAAUUAUUCCUCUCUUGGCGUCCAGGUCGGUGCAGUAGAUCAUAUUCAGGGAUUAUCCAUAUUAUUAAAUACAAGGAAAUUAAUUUGAACAUUCCUACGUUGGGAAAAGGUAACGCAAAGGAUUCCGUCAGUCCUUGAAAGAAAUUCGAUCGUGCAAGUCGCAAAUCGACCAGGUAGGGGGAAGAAAAAAGAAAAAAAAAACUGUUCUGUUCCUUUUGAAACCUUAAACGAAAUUUGGGCGAAGUUUCUCGUUAACCUUCACCAAAGAGUAACGUUUCCAGCUCGUGAUCUCAAAAUAUACUCGCACGUGUGAAUCCGAUGUGCAUUUAAGGAAUCGUACGAAUAUGUGCAUGUAUAGAUUAGAAUGUAUCCAGUAUCGUGUAGUAUGAAAUGAAAAUGAAGAGGCCCAAGUCGGUAAUUUCGGAAGAUCGUUAGCGUAAUAUUAAAACUCUACAACUGGUAUAUAUCCUCCCGGGAUCUUAAAUCCUGGCUGUUUAGAAAAUUAGAGACUAAAAGGCGCGUUUCCUUCUUGAUAAUUCUGAAAUUACCGAUCAUUAUCAGGUUAUCAAUUUCCCUACGGGGAUGCGAUAUCCUGGCGGUGCUCUUCCGGUUGCCACACUUCCGAUUAAUGUUAUCCAAGCAUCCGUUGAUUCCUCCAAAAAGUGAAUUUCCAUUUCAUGCGAGUUAAGCGAAUAGGAGGCAGAACGCCUCGUCGAUCUCUCUCUUAUUUAGGAUUACUCGUAGCCAUUACCGUAGUCGUACGUGUGGCCGUUAAUGUAUAAAUACGACAAAUCGGAGAUUAAUCGAAGCCUCUAUGUACGAUGACGUUGUUUCUACGUCACUCGUUACACCUCUAUUAACUAACCCUCUGGGCGAAUAAACCGUGCACAUAAAAGGGAAGCGACUAAAAAACAAACACUAAUCGAGAGGGCUCUUAAGGAUUAGGUGUAAUGACUGUGAAUACGCCCUACCUAUUAAACUAAACUAAACGUA